AUGCAAAGCAGAAAUGCCUCAGUUUCGUUAGCGAAUUUGCUGCAAAAUUGCAUAGAUAAUAAAGCUUACAAGGCAGGAAAAACCAUCCAAGCUCAGAUUUUUCGCACCUACCAAUUUUCAAAUACUUUUCUGGUGAAUCGCCUGAUUGAGCUAUACUCAAAAUGCGGCCACACCCAGGCCGGCCGCCGCCUGUUCGACGAAAUGCCUCACAGAAACAUAUUCUCCUAUCACGCUAUUUUAGAUUCUUACUGCAAAUUAAAUGAUGUCGGUAAUGCAUUUGAAGUGUUUGAUCAAAUGCCGGAGAGGAACGCAGUUUCUUGGAACUUGAUUAUUAGUAUGCUGUCAAGAAAUGGUCUUGAGGAUAAGGCCUUGGCGGGUUACUACGCGAUGAGGUUGAAUUAUUUCGUGCCCACCCGCUUCACAUUGGCCAGUGUAUUGAGUGCUUGUGGGGGUUUGGGCAAAUUGGAGUGUGGGAGGGAGUGCCAUGGACUUGCUACGAAGCUCGGACUAAACGCGAAUUUGUAUGUCGGGAAUGCUUUGUUGGGAAUGUAUAUGAAGUGUGUUUCUAUAGAAGAUGCGGUUAUGGUGUUUGGGGACUUGCCGGAGCAUAAUGAGGUGUCGUUCACUGCAAUGAUGGAGGGGUUGGUAGGAGCUGAUCGCGUGGAUGAAGCGUUUGAUAUGUUUGGAUUGAUGCAUCGAAAGAGGAUCAUAGAUUGUGUGUCUCUUUCAAGUGUGUUGAGUGUUUGUUCCAAAUGUGAAUUUGGUGUAGAUGAUGAUGGCAACGAAGGGAAAAGGCAUGUGAUGCAUGGAGCACAGGUACACGGGCUUCUUGUUAAAGUUGGUUUCUUGGGAGAUUUGCACUUGAACAACUCGUUGCUUAACAUGUAUGCAAAGCUUGGAUGUAUGGACUGUGCAGAGAUGUUGUUCAACAGUAUGUCUCAAGUCAGUGUUGUUUCGUGGAAUGUUAUGAUCGCAGGAUAUGCCAAGGGAUACCAUUUGCAGAGGGCGAUCGAGUGUAUGGAGAGAAUGCAGAGCUGUGGGGUUGAGCCUGAUGAGGUGACAUGUGUUAAUAUGCUUGCUGCGUGCUUGAGAAGUGGUGAUGUUGAAACGGGGCUUCGAAUUUUCAAUGGUAUGUCGGUGCCAAGUUUGGCCUCGUGGAAUGCUAUGUUAUCGGGCUAUUCCCAGAACGAAUACCACAGGGAGGCGGUGAUGCUCUUUAGAGAGAUGCAGUUUAGAAAAGUGAGGCCUGAUCGAACUACGUUUGCUAUAAUUCUCAGUUCUUGUGCUUCCAUGGGACUUUUAGAGAGUGGGAAGCAGAUUCAUGCUGCCUUGUGGAAAGCUGAGCUUUCGAUGGACUUGUAUGUUACGAGUGGACUGAUUGCUGUUUACUCAAAAUGUAGUAAAAUAGAAGUUGCAAAAGCUAUCUUCAACAUGGCUCCCAAAUAUGAUAUAGUGUGUUGGAAUUCAGUGUUGUCAGGUUUAUCCCUUAAUUCAAUGGAUGCAGAGGGUUUUAACUUUUUCAGGCGAAUGGUACGUGAAGGCAUGCUACCGACUGAGUUUUCUUAUGCUAGCACACUGAAUUGUUGUUCGUCUUUGUCAUCUCUCUCACAAGGGAGGCAGAUUCAUGGUCUGAUAGUGAAAGAAGGACACUCAAAUAAUGUUUAUGUCGGAACUGCUCUGGUUGACAUGUACAGCAAAUGUGGCGACGUGGAUGGGGCCAGACGGUUCUUUAAUAUGAUGGUCUGUCAAGAUUUAGUCACGUGGAAUGAGAUGAUACAUGGUUAUGCUCAGAAUGGGCGCGGAGAAGAUGCUGUUGAUCUAUUUAGGGACAUGAUCAUAGCUAGUAUUGAACCUGAUCACAUAACUUUUGUUGCUGUCUUAACUGCCUGCAGUCAUUCUGGAUUAGUAGAUACUGGUUUAAAGGUGUUCAAAUCAAUGCAGCAAGAAUAUGAUGUGGAGCCGCUUAGUGAUCACUACACUUGCAUAGUCGACACCUUGGGCCGUGCUGGCCGGUUCAAUGAAGUUGAAGAAAUCAUAGAAAAGAUGCCAUACAAAGAUGAUCUCAUUGUUUGGGAGGUAUUACUGAGCUCUUGCAGGGUUCAUGGCAAUGUGAACUUGGCAAGAAGGGCUGCAGACGAGCUUUUCCGUUUGGACAGUGGUAACUCUGCCCCGUAUUCCCUCCUAGCCAAUAUGUAUUCCUCAUUAGAUAGAUGGGAUGAUGUUAAAGAUGUCAGAGAUAUAAUGGGAAGGCAGCAGGUCUCCAAAGAACCAGGCUACAGUUGGGUUUGAAACUGGCAGCUGUUGUUCGGGAACGAUGAUGCCCAGACAUCUGUUGAAGGAGAUGCAAGAUCAAAGAUUGGCUCCCAGUUUCAAUCAACACUGAAUGGAGAAAAUAAUCAUUGAUCAUUGAAAUGGCUUCACUGAGAUCAUAAUAGAUUUACUUCUAUGGAGUUGGUAAUUUUAGUGGUGUCAAAGUGAAAUUAUGAUCUCAAAUAAACUAUUUUUUUCAUUAUUCAAUGUAUUGUAGUUGUAAUUGUAAUACCAAGUGAGGGUUGUACUAUUAUUUGCAAACUUGUUAGUAAAUAUUAAUGUAAC